GAUAAUUUUUCAAUAAAAAUGGCUUCCGCUGGGAAGCACCAGUGGUUUGUCGGAGAAGAUGGGUGUAUUCCUAUCGAGGAACCCGCUUGUAACGUGACAUACCACUUAGCCCUCAACUCAAUAAUUGUUACGACCGAAGAACCAGCCAUUAAAAUUUAUGAUGUUACGUCCGGAUCUGUUCUUCAGAAGUCUGACCUCUCUGCGGGAGCGGGUGAACGUGUUAAUACAGUGUAUUUACCAGAGAAAAACCGUAUGGUGUUCUGUAACAGCCAGGCAAUUGGUGUACGCCAUGACCUACAGGGUGUGCUGCUGGCAGAUACUGCCCUACAGAUGCCCCUUUUAUCACACGACAAAAAUGUCCGACUGGAGCUGCCUCUAGCUGAGGCCAGCCAGUUUCUGAAGUCUGUUUUGGGAGCGGACUUGCCAUGCAAUAAUGAGACAAGUGCGGUGACCACAGAGCUUCAAAAACAGAUCGAACAAGUGAAGGAGGCCACACGGGGAAACCAUAAAACUGCCAAGUGGGCUACAGUAUGUUUGGACCUGCCCUACCAUGCGCUGAGGACAGUAAGCACAUGCCUUGUGACAGAACUGAAAAGAAUAAAUGUGUUCAGCCAGGGACUGUCCAUCGCCUCUGCAGUGGCUGAUCGCCUUGGCUACCUGUUGCCUAGCAAUGAGGAGAGUUUGACCUGUGGAGGGGGGCAGGUGGAAAGGUCAGCAAUGUAUAGCGAGGCGGCCCGCAGGGAUACAUUCACUAAGUGGCCACAUAUGAACUACAAGUGGGCAUUGCCAGACCCAAUGGCCCAGGCAGGGUUUUACCACCAGCCUAACAUGUCAGGCGACGACCGGGCUCUCUGCUUCACCUGUAAUGUGUGCCUCGUCUGUUGGGAACCAACUGAUGAACCUUGGUCAGAACAUGAGCGUCAUUCCCCAUCCUGCCCCUUUGUGAAGGGUGAGCACACACAAAAUGUUCCCUUAUCUGUGACGUAUGCGACCCAGCCAGCCCUGCCUCACAGUACAACAGGGGAGAAUAUCACUUGUAUGAGCUCCACCAUCAGUGAGGAUUACGUGGCCACCUCCACACAUCAUGGCAAUGUUGUCAUCUGGAAUCUCAAACAUAAGCUGAAGAGGCACUGUCAGUUUGUUCUGGACCCAACAGAAACAGUGGUGGCUGUGAAGACGGGGUUGCUCGUGGACAGACAGGACAUUGACCCCACAGACGAGGGGCACUCAAUGGUGGAUAGCUUGGAAAUAACCUCACCCUCCCAAUCCCAAUCCCAGCCGGCACUCAGUUCAACAGACAAUGUUGAUGCUAAGGUUGGAGUGACAAGCUCUGUCUCUUUCUCAAUGGGAGAGGAUGGCACUGCUACUCAACAGGGCCUCCAGGAAGUUCCUUUGAAUGACAAGUCAGAGACUGUGAAUGAGUCCGGAGCAUUUACGCGGCCUAAUGAAGAUGUAGAGGUGACGUCAAUGUGUAUUGUGGAAAAACCAGAGCCAGAUAUCUUGGACAAUCAGCCUGCUAGGAGAGGAUCUGGCAAGAAACACGGGCAGGCAAGGGUGAAGAAGAGACCUAUACAACCAAGCUUGAUAUGUGGGGUGUCUUUACGAUGUCCCAAGUUCAACUCCAACUGUGAUGACAGGACGGCAGAUGUUCAGUCUGAUGUGCUGCUAAUGAACAAAGUUAAUGAGAGUAAAAGUGGAGAAACUUCUCCACAGAUAAUAACCGACAAUGAACUUGCUCAUUCGGAAUCUGAUAGUGAUAUUUUAGCCUCACAAACCAAUUUCUUACCGUUUUUACUCGUUGUGGCAGUAAGAGAAGAGACAACUAGAAAGAUUUCAAAACAACCUAGCAUGGACUCCUUAAAGCCAUCAACGAGUUCUAGCAACAUGAUCCCAAACUUGACGAGUAUGUCGAUGAAUCAGCCAGACUGGACGAUGUUAGACAUGUAUGAUAUGGACCCAGAUGUUCAAAUAGUAAAGGUUGUCCCUGGUCCAAAGGGGGCCCUAUCUACAAGCAGCCCCACAGAGGGGAUAAGCAAGGUGGAAGAGAUGGAUACAAACUCUAGUCCUUCUGUAAAUUUCCCUGAAAGUGCAAUAAAGAGGUUCUCUGGUCCUCAGGCUGGGAAUGUCUUGCAAUGUGUGGCAAUGCCUGUUGAUCUUCAGCAGGAAAAUCUUCAGGUGUCGUCUAUAUGUGCAUCACUAGAUAGACAGCAUUUAAUAGUAGUUCUAACACCUAGAAAACAGUGUUCGUCUUUGAGACCUGCUAUGGCAAGUUCAUGGUCUUGUGAACAGACACAGUCAAGUGAAAUUAGUAGUAGUGAUCCAAGUCUACCAGCUAUAGAUUCACAAAGUGAAAUCACAGAAUCUUCUAAAUCAGCUUCAGGUGACAUCUUGGAAUUUAGUGAUAGCCAAGAAGAGAAUUUCAACACCAAUACCUGUUCAGUUACAAAGUCAGACUCUGGCUCUUCCCAUGGCUGUAUUUUAAUCUAUAGAUUUAGUUAUGACUGUGAUACACACUAUGCAACUCUGGAGGAGACGCCAGUGGUUGUGAGACAUGUUGACGCAUGUGAUCUGGGAAUCAAGACCGUGUAUGUGCUCCCGGCUGAGGUGUGUGAACGGACUGAAGAUGAAGAGGUCAUCAUGUGCGAGGAUGAGAUAUAUGUCCCCGCUCCCUCGGUCACAUCAUUGCAGAGCGGCUGUGGGUGGGGUUCAGACUUGUUUGGUCAGCUUGCUGUGAUAUACAAGAGUGGGCGAAUGUCAAUUCUGAACGUCCCAGACCUUUCUCUGCUGGCCAACAUUGAGCUCACUGGGGAGGAAAAGUUUGUUGAUGUCACGUUUUGCUCAGGUAUAGACCGGCUGUGUGCAUGUACAAGCCAUGGUAAGCUGUACUUCUACCAGGUGAGCGAAGACGUGCCCGACCAAUCUGACAGCGCUGUGGAGGGGGACCUUACGCCAACCUCUGACAUGCCCGACCCCCUCGGCACUUGUGAGGGGUCACGCUCAGAUGACCCGAAUCAGUCGCCCAGGAAUUCUGUGUCGGAGAUGCUAGCCAAGCAGCAGGUAUCUUUUGAGUCCCUAUCACAGCUAUACCAGCUUACUCAGUUUGAGAACCUGAUGCCGCGAUUCACUGCCACAGUUCCGCCCUGCUGGACAGAGAUGCAACAGGAGCAGCAACAACGACGACACCCGCAACACCUGCAGCACCAAGGGGAGGCCACCCAGCACACUCGCACAUUCAAACUGCAGCCAGACAGUACGACUUGGGAUGAACAUCUGUUUGAGAUUGUGUUGCCGCGUGUGUGCUGUGUGGGACAUCUGGAUGUAAAGUUCACCAUCAACCCGUUGUGUCCUCUCACACCAGACAUUCAGAUGACGCUUCUAAAACAAAACAUCAACUCCAUAGGUCGUCAGUCAAAGUCAGAUUCAACCCCAGUGGACAGUAAAAUCAACUUCCACAUCAGCCCUCCCCCUGCAGCACAGGAGGCAGCCAACAGUGCAGAAGCUGCUGUCAACAAUGUGUUGGACCCACAGUUUCUAGAAAAACACCAUGCUGAGAUUGUAUGUGGUCCGGUGAACAUCUCUGACUGCCUGGAUCUUUCUGGUAAUGGGGGACUGGUCACUCUCACCUCCCCCCAGCUUCUCAUGGCUCGCCCACGGGCCUUCCUCCUGCACAUUAAGGGCUUCCCUAGUAAAUAUGUGGAGGAGAAGGGAACAGCAGAGAAGACAAAGGAUCUCAAGAAGAAGCGAUUAUUGGCAGAGAAGAAGACAAUCAAGUCCCUGCUACACAGCUACACGACGUCGAGUGCAAAGGCAAAGAUUGAAAACCUACGCGGAUGUGACUGGCUCUCUGAAGUCUCCAUCACUAUUCGCAAGACUCGCAAAACAAACAUUUACAAGGAAAGACAUCAACGUAACUGUAUGGUUGAACAGACCAGUUUCCACGAGAGCCUCUUGUCAGUUGUGGCGCUUGAUGAAGGCAGCUUAUUGACUGGGGUCAGUCCAGACCAUGUACAGAACAUGUGCCUUGAUAUCCUCACUUGGAUAACCAGUGUACAGAUGAAUGACCCGGAUCAUAGGAUAGAGAUGAAGUGUAUCCUGACAUCCAUCCAGCCAAAGUUGCGACAGAUUAUCCAGGCAUGUUUCAUUCAGGGGUCGAGAUCCACUGCCCAUAAAUGUGCCAGGCUUCUCUCACAGUGUAUGCAGUACAGCAAGAUUUCUGCGGACCCAGACAUGGCCACAAUGUUCAGUGUGGCAUUAUUGGAAGGCCUGUUGGAUUGUCUACCCCUGCUCUUGUGCACAUAUUCUGCGGGCGGACUCAAGUGGUUUUUCACCCUACUUGAUCGAGUCAAGUGCAUGGAUGUCGGGGGAACAUCAGCACGGUGUGCAGAACUGCUCGGGAUGGUGGCCAAACAAUUCCAAGAGAGGUCCUCUCCUGUACAUGCUGUACUCAAGGCCAGAUAUGGUUUAAAUGGCCACCCAUUUGAGGUGGACAUGUUUGACAUGGAGCUACCCCAGGCCAUGAGGCAAGUUAUUCCAGGGAGCCAGCCUGUUUCAUCAACAUACAUAGGCAUGGUUGGAGCUGUAAAUACCACUUCCACCUCUCAGGGCACUGGUCAACAUAGUGACGACCUUGACUUUAAUGAGUUUUUCAACAGCCCCCCAGAAAAAUCAUCAAAAUCUUCAAUGGAACAAGCAAGAAACCAGGUUCUGGGAAUGUUAGAGGUGGAACCACUUCACUUUACCUGCCAUUCCACCAGCGAUGGGACAAAAAUGGAGAGGUUAGAUAGUGUUGGAACUGUCAGCAGUAGUUCUUCUGUGAUAAACACAUUUGGACAAGGUCCUGCAUCUAGUGUUGGGAUGUCAAGUUCUCUGAAUAUUCCUUCACUCAUCGAGGCCACCUCGUCUUCCCCAAUGGCAUAUGUUCCACCGACUAUGUCCUCCAGUUUACCCAUGUACAGUUUUCCAUCGGCAUUAGCCGCGUCAAAACAACUGCAGGAUCAGACAUCGAAAAAGUACCAGUCAGUGAAACACAAGAUCAUGUAUUUGAAGCAGAUGUUAAAUGAGGUGAACAAGAAUAUACUUCCGUCAGCACAGGGUGCUCCAGGGGGAAGUGCUGAACUAAUGCCAUCUACCCCAAAAACGACCCCUCAAGUGAUGACCCCACCCCUCACUCCUCCAAAUGAAGCAUGGCAGCAGAUUUUCAUGUCUGGAGAGAAAAUGGACAUGCCCAAAAUGACAGGCUCACCCCGGCCUACCUUAUCAGCAGUCCCCACCACACACUCUCUACUACAGCCACCCCCUCCACAGGUCUUGGUUAUUGAGAGGAUCUAUUCUGGGGCUCGAAGGUUUGUGAUCCUCGAUUUUGGCAAGCCGAUCCUGUUAACAGAUGUGAUCAUCCCGAUGUGCAGUGACCUUGCCUCCCUGUCCAUUGAUGUCUGGGUCAAGGGAGAGGAAACUGACGGUCAGAGGUUGAUUGUGGCCUCUGACAUUGGGUAUAGGUCACUGGUGAUGAACAACAUCAUGCCCUCGCCUGUCUGUAGAUACCUGAAGAUCACAACUAUUGGUCGGUACGGAAGUGGGACAACUAGAUCCAAGAUCCCUGUAGGUGCAUUUUACGGGCACAGCUACAUCUUGCCCUGGGAGUGGAGCACACGGUCCGAGGGUGCCGGGCUACUUGACUUCCCUGCCCAGUCACAGUUACUCUCCCAGCUGGGGAGUUUCAUGUCCCUGCUGGAAGAUAUUCAGUGUCGGUACAGCCUUGCAAAGGCCCGACUGGGCGGACUGCUACAAACGGUAGAGGGUCAACAGCUUCCCAAUCAACACACACAGUACUUCCUGAAGCGAGCGAAAAACAAUGACGAGGAUAAUAAUAUAGCACAGGCCUACAAUGAGUGCCUACAGCUACAGCUUCAACAGAACUUAGCCAUGCGAGCCAUAGACCGCCUCCAGAGUGCCAUUGGUCUGCGUGUCCCCCAGGUCUCGUUCCUGGACAACCCUGCGGUCCUCGUGCGCCAGGCAUGCACUGACAAGCUGCGAUGCCUCAUGGAAAGCCUUCUGGAGACGGUGAUCAGUCUGACACACACUUCCCCAUCCAUACCAAAGACCCCAGCCACACUGUUUACCUGCAUGGAUCAUCAGGCGUGUGAGUCUGUGUUCCGUCACCUGUGUCUGAGUGGAACCCCUCGCCUACAGGUCUUGACUGGCAUGAUGCUUGUGCGCGUGUGUGGUACCCAGCCCUGGUUCGGGGAAUUCCUCGGCAACAUGCUACAACAGUACUUUAACUCAGAAGCUGGCCAGGUCUUUUCUCAGGAUAGGGUGUUUGUCCUGCUAACAGCCAUGGGCCAAAGAGCUCUCCAAGGAUCCUGCGCCAGCAACAUCAUGGAAAGCCUGCUGGUGAUGCUGGCUAGGGUUCUCUCCCCUAUCUUCUCCCAGACCCAUGGAGUAACCUCCCCUUCUGGCCACCUGGAUCUUACUCUGAUUGGCUGGAUCCUGCUGUUUAUGUGCCGUAACCUUGACAACACCGUAGCGACCAAUGUGAAUGUAGAGGAACAGGGAGCAGCAGCAGCUGCAAGCACUUCCAGGAAAUCACAAGGCAGUAACCUAUCAAAUAGAUGGAACUUUAUUGCUGCCAAUAGCAAUGUAAAGUCAAACCUGAGUAAGAACCAGUCUGUGCGUCAGUACCGUAAAUCCCUACAUAAACGCCUUCUUCAUCAUAAACAGAAGCUAAUGGACAUUGAGCACAUGAAGAAGAACUUUCUAUCCUCCGAGCAGGGAGGAGCAUCACUCAACAAGCAACAGGGCAAAACUUUCUGGAAGGAACUCACACAGUUUGCUUCCAAAGCAUCUCCAUCUGUUUCCCAGCACCUCAAGGACAUCAUCCAGAUCCGAAAAACAGACGCAGAGAUGCUUCGGAAACUCCCACGCACAGACAGCUCCCGAUUGACAGGUGACGAUCGUGAUGGUGCAGAGUGUGAGGGGGACACGGUACUCAUUCUGCCAAAGGAGCGGUGUCUGCCUGUCGUCCACGGCCUGAUGGCACUACUUCUGGGCAUGGACUUUACAUGCAAUGUGGACUUGUUCCUUAUUACAUGCAAGGUUGUAGCGAGGGUGUGUAUCUCCACGCGUCCAGCUAUAACACUGACAGAGGCCAUGUCACAGGACCAGCUGGAGAGACUCAUCAUGCUGGCUGCUAAUCUCGAGUUUAACCAUGGCAACAUCACCUGGGGCGGGCCCUGGGCUGGACAUGCUCUCACUUGUCUACUUCAGGAUAUACUGGAAGGUGAGAGGGUGUUCCCGGUGAGCCAGUUUGAGGGUAUGACAGAUGACGACAUGUCAGGUCAGGUGACCGGAGACUCACUGUCCUUCUCCAUGGACCUCGGUGACCUAGAUUCCACAGGCGACACUGGUCAAGAUGGCACAGUGAAUGAGAGUCUAACAUCCUCCACCAUAGAUGCCUCUGACUUACAGGAUUCAUCUUUAAAUGAUCAAGGUACAUAUGCAUCCCUGAUGUCAAGUAUCAAGGAGGAGGAAGAUGACAGCUUUGACAAGGGGUCUUCUAUGAUGGUGAAUAUGCUUCUGGAGGACGAUGAAGACAUGGAAAUGCCUGCCAAACUGCACGCAUACGUGACCGGAGAAUCCCUGCAGCCACCCAUUACGAAUGGGACCACCAACAUCAGUCCGAUGAUGAUGGAUGAGGAGAAAGCCUUCAAGCCUAAGACGAGCAAAGAGAUGAUUGCAGCCAAGGCGAUGGCGGUGUUCGGCUCCACCGGAUACAACACCGGAUACAACACCAAGUUGAUUCCAAUGGCCAGUAAAGCUGCUCAGAACACCGCAAAUACUGCUGUAGCAAAUUCCACCCCAGGACAAGGGCUGUCAACUGCCUUAGAUGCAAGGUUGGAAUUAGGCCUGGAAACCCACAGUGAGCUGCGGUUGAGGAUGAUGCUCUCCCUGCAGACUGACGCCCUGCAGAACGCUAUGUACUCCCCUCUCCCCCUGCCACCCGGGGACACUAGCAGUGGGUCCCAGUCCCGGGCCUCACCAAUGGACGGGGAUCUAGGCCCUGACACAGCUUCAUCAAUACAACAGCAGAGUUCCCAUGAGAUGUUGAGCCAAGCCUAUGAUGAGUUGUUCAGCCAGCGAAUCCUCCAGCGAGUCAAUCUUGACUCCCUUCUUCAACUAUGGCUAACCCUGAAUGAAGAACUUCCAUUAGACUCUGGAGACCCCCAAACCACUUUUGAUCCUAGUCGAGCCCCCGCGAUCCCACUGAGCGUGACCUCUGUGACAAACUUGCUGGCAUGUGUAGCAGGCAUGCAGUCCCUCUCUGUGCGCACCUUCGUGCUAGUGUUUCAGAGUCUCACACUGCUGGCAAACUUAAAGAUUGGACAAGAUGAGCAGCGUUCAAUGGUGAUUGUGAUGAUGGCUGAUGGAAAUCUGAUGUCUAUUAUCACAUCCUUCCUGUCUGGAACUUCUCUGAAUGUUCCAGCAUCAACUUUUGAUUCCAACUCACAGGUUGGUCCAUCGGCAGUCAAGGCGUUCCACCUAUUUAUCCAGCGACUUGGUGUCUGCAUCUGUGGAGAGGAGCAUGUCCACAACCUUCGUGAAAUCAUGCUCAAACUUGUGUACACGCUGUCCACAGAGAGAGGAGCAUUCCACUCAAACCUUGGACCGCUGGACGCCCAGUGCAUGUUUCUAGAGUUUGUGUUAGGGCUUUCCUUUGAACAAGUUGACAUUAACAAUGCCAUCAGUGUGAUUGAGUCAGUGAGCAUUCUUGUGAACAGACACAUUCUCUGUCAGGAGAGGGUGUUUUGUAAAAGUUCUUCGGACAAUUGUGUAAAUGCUAGGUCAUGUUUCGGUGGAUUGUUUGCUAGCUUGUUGCGUGGCGGAGAAUCAACGUCGAAGAAUGGCGACUACAACAGAGACAUAUUGGUGUGCAGCCUGAUGAAACUUGUGAACAAACUGUUACAAGUAAUAUUCCCAUCUAGGCACGGUGGGAGGGUACCAGCAGGCGUAGAUGGGCUAGGUGAGAGUCACACGGGGUCCACAUCUCGGGGAGUGCCUGACUCGGCAAAAAUCUCCCAGGCACUUGCCACGUCAACCCCCCGCUCUGCCAGCCUGGUGGGUCAGUCUGAUGAGGAAAAGGCAGGUCAGGCUGCCCAAGGUGCUGAUUCAGUCCCUGUGGCAAGUCCACCUCAGACAGAUGAACAAAAGACUGAAAAUGCUCAGAGUCAGGCCAGCCAGGACAGGGCAAAUCAGGAGGGCACUUCAAUCAAUCUUUGUGAUAUUAUUCUUGAGAGGAGAAACAUUAUGUGUAACUUUAUCCAAGCUUUGAGCUAUUGUAAUAGCAGCACCAUGGCAAUGAUACUGGGUAGCAGUGGAAUGCCUAGCAAUAUGCAGGAGUCUUUCACAGGAGGGGACCCUAUAUCGGUAGGGGACGGGAUUUACCAGAUACUGGGUACCCUCUCGCGGCAAUGUAGUGACAGUCGCUGCCUGAUGGAUGCCCUUUUCCUGUAUUUGUCUGGAAAUUUCACAAAUCCAGGCUCCCAGGGUCUAUGUCGACUCUCUGAACCACUGCUGUGGUUUAUACUCAAGGUUCUCGAUUCACCAAAGAUGCUGAAGAUGUUCUUAGAUAAAGGUGGUGUGGAGGUAGUUUGCAAGAACUUUGUGAACUGUAACAGUCGGAUCAUCAGCACAAGCCCAAGCCUCAUCUCUACCAUCAUGCAGAACAUGAACGGACAACAAAAUGCAGACAAACGCAAGAAAUGGGAUUCCGCUGAAUCAGCUGAGGGCCUGCAAAACUUCGCACCGCUUGGCACAAUAGUAUCAUGUAGCCCUACUGCGUCACCGGCAGAUGUGCUUAUUCUGUCAACGCCCCAGCACAGACGGGCGCGUUCGGCCCCCUGGUCGUACCACUUCUACCCAGAAGAGGCAUGGGUCGACCUGAAGAUCACCCUGCCCUUUGCUGUGCUGGUUAAGGAGGUUCAGAUACAGCCACAUAGUCCAGCACUCUCAACGUGCCCAGCAUACGUAUCUUUGGAGGCCAGCCAGGACGGCGUGACUACAUUCCCUCUGUGUGCCCCUGUCAACACCAGCAGUCUUGUGUUUAUCAAGCUUCAGCUACAGAGGCCUGAGGUGGUAAAGUCAGUGACGAUCCGGCUACAUAGAGCCAGGGAUUCCAUGACAAUCGGUCUCUCGCAGAUACUUCUCAUGGGUUACAGUGCAUUUGGAGAAGUUGGCUACAAAACCAACAAUCUUUUCCUACCGACUGAAGACUUUGUUUCAAGAUCUAGUGUUGGCUGGAUUCGGCUGCUGCAUCACUGCUUGGUGUCACAGAAGGAGCUGGAGGGUCAGGUAGCAGAUGCCGCUUCCCCUACGCCUGGCCUUCUCAACACAUGCACAGCCCUGCUAGUGUCGCCGAUCUCUCUUGUGUACAACCCAAAUAUAGAGGCUGUGCUUCUUAAACUGGGGUUACACUCUGGGGAGAUGGGUCUCGCCCUGAUUGACUACCUCUUAAGAAGCAAUGGACAUGUCACUGAUACCGAUGUAUCGUGCCAGUACCUGGGCAAGCUUGGUGGUGUGGCUAACGAAUCCACUGUGGAGAUCCUCUACAAACUGGCCACCGUCCAGGACAGAUGGACCUAUGACAGGUUGAAGGCGAUGUUACAGUGGCUGGGUGACAGUGCAAGGGUCGCCCUGCAGCGUAAGGCCACAUUCUCAGAUGACGGGUUCCGCCCCACCCCUUACCAAAUGUCUGGGUUGAGCCUCCCUGGCCCCGCCCCCUUACAUGUACACUGCAUCGCCACAGCACUGUGGCACAGCUGUGAGACCAGGGUGGACUACAACCUUGGUCAACUAGUUACAAAAGAUCUUGUCAGUUCCCUGUAUGAAUGGUCAACUGUUUUAAACACGGACUCCCUGUUGAAGCGAUCAGUGGACUAUGUACUGUGUUCAGUGUGUCAUAUCUGUCCGGAUGCUUUCACACGCAUCAUGGAAUGGAUGGGUAUUGUGAUCACUCCAGAGUAUGGCCUAACAGCAAGCAUUUCUGAUGAUAGAAAGGACUCCAGCCACUACCAAGACAGUAUGACAGAUGAUUCUAAAGAGGCAAACAGCGCUAGAGCGCAAAAUGGGAAUGAUGAAGACAUUGAAGCCAUAGACAUUGAAUCCAGCAACCCUGUGAUAUUACAAGACUUCGGACACAUGUGUCUGGAUGAAGCCCACUUGAGGACCCUAGCCCUUGCCUGUCAGUCCUCACUGGCCACUAAACAGCUGCUGGAGUCAGGUUUUCCCGCAGUUUUGGCCCAGGGACUGUUUGAGUUCUGUAACAGGGUCAUAUCCAACUUUGCAGACUCUUGGUCUCAGCCAGAGGGCAUUUCAGAUACCUGUAAAAGCAUGAGCGGGACUUCAGGAGACACUGCAAAUAGCUCUGCUACUCUCAAUAAUUUGACAGUGUCCGCAGAUAUGGUGUCAGCAGUGUUGAACUUUUUCUCAGAGGUUAGUGCAUCGUCAGCCAUGAAAGACUGGCUCGGAGGGGCGGAUGGCAACAUUUUCUGGCCUGUUCUACUCACCAUGCUGUGUGACACAACUCUACACACUCCCAUAGCUGUCUCAGCAUUCCCACAAAAGUUUGAGCUGAUCUCGGCCGAUGAAAGGGCUAGUAUAGAGACUGCCUCAGUGGCAUUUUUCCGCAGCUUGAUAUCCAACCACAUUCCCAACCAGAUGCUCUUUGCCAAGGUCCUAUAUGAUGUCAUAAAGGAGCAAGGGGCCACUAACAACAAGUCAGGAAUGGGAGUGUGUCCCUUGUCUGGUUACACUAGACGCCUCUUCCUUCAAGUUCUCCUGGAAGAUGAGAUGAUUCUCGUUGCACUACGUUCAGGCCCCUCUAAUUACCUUAUCCACGCCCCGCCCAGCCCUGCGAUCCUUCAGCACCCGCAGUUUGGGGCUGGCCGCAGGUUCCGCACAUUAAGGGCCAACAUCAACAUCACAAUAGGGGAACUGCUGAGUAAAAUAUCUGACACCCCUAGCUUGGCAGCCCAGGUGCUUGAUAUAGGUAAGGGGAAGAAAUCAGAUGAGUCGAAAGAGUCAAGCACCUGUCAGAUUGGCCUAGAACUUGUCGACGUCAUAGAGAACAUUGCUGUCGGCAAGACUGAUUCUGGAGAAGCGUACAGUGGUUUGGGUUCCCAGUCAUCAGGAAACAAGUCUGUCCUCCCGCCUCGCCCCCCUACUCGACGCGGUAGAAACGAGCCUACACCCACAAAACUUAAUAUGCCACUUCUUACUGUUACACAUAAACUUCUUCCCAGUACAAAAGGGCUUCCGUAUGAGUUGACACUGUCCCAGCUAUGUAAUGUCCUCCAGGAGCAGGGACUACCUUACGGAGAAAAUGUUUUAGAUUUCCACCUUUCUUUCAACUCAACAACCAACCAACAGGACUCACAGCCAGACCUGACAGAUAAUGCUGACGAGGUUCCGGACGAGGUGCUGCUGACAUCCCCCAUGUACCCCACCCCACUUCAGGUGUUUGCCAGUGUGGGAGGGCUAGCUUUGCUAGCUGAACACCUGCCACUUCUCUACCCGGAGAUAUCUCGCCAAAUUGCUUCCCCUGUCACAUCAGGGGAGACCACCCCAAACAUGACAAAUGGAGCAGAUAACGACUGGGUCACUGUCGACAACUAUCCCGACCCAGACUUCUACUCACUGUAUGAGCCAGUGUCGCCAGCCCCACAGGCAAGCCGAGUCCACCACCUGAGUAACCUUAGCAUCCCGCCCCACUCCCUGGUGGCGUUCGGGCUUUUCCUGCGUCUCCCUGGCUACGCGGAGGUGCUCCUUAAAGAGAGGAAGAAGGCCCAGUGCCUCCUAAGGCUUAUGUUGGGGGUUACUGAUGAUGGCAGUGGAGGUCAGAUCCUUACAUCGCCCAUAGCCAACUCCCUACCAACACUGCCAUUUAUUGUACUGAAGACGUUGUUUGACUCCACCCCUCUGACGACCGAUGAUGGCGUGUUGUUACGGCGUAUGUGCCUGGAGAAUGGGGCUCUGCAUCUCAUCCUGGCCUGCCUCUCUGUGCUUAGUCACCAUCCACCUAGAAUCACAGUGCCAGGUUUCCAACAAGAGACAUACACUGUGCUGAGUGCGAUGCAGGCCCCUACAGCACCUGUGACCACCACAGCCCCAACGACAUCAGCAGAAAAGUCCCAGCAGUUUUGGGCAAAGGGGACGGGCUUCGGGACGGGCUCAACUACAUCCAGCUGGGAUGCAGAGCAGGCCCUUAUACGCCAGCGGAGUGAGGAGGAGCAUGUCACUUGUCUGCUGCAGGUGUUAGCAAGCUACAUCAACCCUGGUGGUGAGAUGCCAGAGAGCUUCUCCAGUGAGGACUAUGAGGCGUCUCCUGAGAACAGCCUGCUGCCAGACGUUGUGUUGGAUAUGCUCUCACAGUCCUGUCUCGUACCCGCUCUGUCCUCAUACCUUCGUAAUGAUUCAGUCCUGGACAUGGCCAGACAUGUACCCCUGUACCGGGCCCUACUACAGCUGCUGCGAGGGAUAUCGGUGUGCCCGGCUCUUGUACCCCUCCUGUUGCGUCUUGAUCGAGAGAAGACAGACAACGGCAACGGGGCCACUGCUGUGGGAGAGCUACUGGAGAAAAUGAGAGCUUGUGUGGACACAUACGCCAGCAGGCUCAAGUCCAACAAGGGCAAGAUGGUAGGCACCAAGGAGGAGGAGGAGGAGAAUGAGGGGCUGGCCAUGUUGAUUCCUGACAUCCAGAAUACCGCCACCAUUGUGCACACCGCCACUGCCAGGAUCACACAGCACCAUGAUUUUUCCGAGGAGGAGGAAGUAGAGGAAGAAGGGGCCGGUGUGGGUAGCCAGGAUGUGGACCAAAUCUACCUCACAGAGAUAUCCAACCUUCAGUUUGGUCAGUAUGAGAUGGUGGAGGAAGAUGGUCCAGGCAUCAAGUUUACCAUCAAGCACCAUUACGAGAGCCAGGUCAAGGCAGCAGGAGAGAUCAAGAACCCAACGCGAAUCCGACGUCUGGCCCAGGAGGCCGUCACUCUGUCCACAUCCCUGCCGCUGUCUGUGUCCAGCAGUGUGUUUGUACGCUGUGAUGAGGAGAGAUUGGAUAUUAUGAAGGUGUUGAUCACUGGACCAGAGGACACGCCGUAUGCCAAUGGGUGUUUUGAGUUUGAUGUAUAUUUCCCACAAGACUAUCCCAACGCCCCUCCCAACAUCAACCUGGAGACCACAGGCAACAGAGCCGUCAGAUUCAAUCCUAACCUAUAUAAUGAUGGCAAGGUGUGUCUCAGUGUGUUGAACACCUGGCAUGGUCGACCUGAGGAGAAGUGGAACUCACAAACCUCCAGCUUCCUACAGGUACUAGUCUCCAUACAAUCACUCAUCCUAGUCAGCGAGCCGUAUUUCAACGAACCAGGCUAUGAACGUUCCCGCGGCACAGCGUCAGGUAACGCCAGCUCUCGGGAAUAUGACGCGAACAUUCGCCAGGCUACUGUCAAGUGGGCAAUACUGGAACAACUGAAGAACCCCUCCCCGUGUUUCCGGGAGGUGGUACACAAACACCUGUGGCUGAAGCGUCACAAGGUUCUCAAACAGUGUGAGGACUGGAUUGCCGAGAUGGAAGGCUUCGCUAGUGAUAAACGGACUGGCAGGACCAUCUCUCAUAGUACUAUGGCUCUAAUUAAACAUUACAAUCAGCUGAGAGAGGAGUUUGCUAAGAUGAAGCCUCCAGAAGGCCUAGAAUACUUUGAAAGACAAGACCACAAACACGGGGACCCAUCACAAGACAGAGAUAAGACCAAGACAGGAGGGAGCAGGUCAGAACCAGGCACUGAAGUCUCCAAUGUAACUGCUGAAGGCACCAAAAGUCUGCCUGCUGAUAACACAGCAGGUCACUCUGGUGGCAAAGGGCACGAAGCUGCUGAUGGACAGUCAUCCUCUGAUGGCACAAGUCCUGAGUCUGCCACCAGCACUGGACCCCAAGGAGCUUCAGACACUGCAACAGGACCCCCCGGUGCUACAAACAAAGGACCGCUUGUUACUGCAGGCACAGCACCCUCAAAUGGCACUAGCAGCAGCGAGGGUGUAGUUGCCAACGAGCUUGUGUUCUCUCAAGAUGCAAAUGACAACAACGCCUACGAGCUUGCCCCCUCUGCAAACUGCUGACUGCAUUCUAACCAUUACUGCCCUUGGUAGCUGCUAUUUUACAGUUUAAGUCCACUCUUGUUCCCAAUAUUCAGAUUAGUGUUCAGAAGUGUUGCACAUUUAGGGGAGGCUGUUGUAUCACGUUUUAUGUGAUAAUAUUUUGCAAUGUCCUAUGAACAUAUGGCAAUUGUGACCACGAUUUAUAGUGUCUUGAGUUUUUAAAUCUUUAUUUUAUAAUUAUGCAUACUUGUUACAAGAACAGGACUUUAUAAAACAUCAAUUCCUUCUUAUUUCCCUGAUGCAGUCUUGUAACUAGCUGAAUGUGUUAUCUUUUAGACAACAAAAGUUAUUGACACAAGUUAAUGAGAUAUUAUGAUUUAUGCAUGCAUUUUGUUUUGUUUAAUUAUAUGAUCAUUUGAAAAAAACUUUAUAUUCGUAUUUUCAAUAUCAUAUUGCAAUAUAUCAUAUUAAAGUUAGUUAUCUAAAAAAAGCCAAUCAGAGUCAGCUAUUUUGCGCAGCCUAUUCUGUUUAUUAGUUUAUAUGACUGUGGCGAUACAUAUAUGGACAUUGAGUUCAUACUGAAUUAUCUAAGAGUUUCAAUGAUGAACUAUAAGUUUGGUGUCGCUAUUACUCCUUGGAAUAAAUACGUUUAAUUAGAAAUACAUUGUCUUUAACCUGUUCUCACAGAUGUAGGGGAUAAUAUAGAUAUAUUGGAAUAUUGGAACAUUAGUACGCAUUUAAACAAACAUUUCAUUAAUUCUUGUUUGAUACCUUGUAUGGUAUUUUUGAGUUGUAAGUAGUUAAAGAAUAUUAUGUAUCAUCAGGCGGAUCAUACCUUGACAUAAAUUAAAAAACUGUUUUCAGACAGUCUGUUUUUGUCAUGACAUGCUUUCUGAACAUUUACAAUACCAUUUGCAUUUUACAAUUCGACUCUUUCGAUUCACCAGCUUUUGAAUGUUGUCAUAGUCUGCAUGUAUAUAUUAUACAAAAAAUGCAGUGAAAAAGCCACUGCAAAGGGGAAUCGAAGCCAGACCGCUGGAUUGAAGCCAGACCGCUGGAUUGAAGCCAGACCGCUGGAUUGAAGCCAGACCGCUGGAUUGAAGCCAGACCGCUGGAUUGCGGCUACCUAUAUAGAGAGAUACUGAAAUAAUAAAAAUGUUACUUUUGAGAGUAAUAUAACAUUGAAGAUUUGUUGUACGGCAUUUUGUAUUUUUUGUAUGCUUUAUAACAUAAUUUUGGCAAGUUGCAUGUAUGUGAAGUUGAAAUAAUGUACAUGAUUUGGUUCUUGAAAAAAAGUACUUCACUGCCAAAUAAUUUCUUUUAAAAAAUUUUCAUCUGCUACUAAAAAUAUUCCAUGCAUAACAAUGAUAAAAUUACAUGUUUGUGACAUCUUUCUCACAUGAAGAAGAGCCAAUUUAUGAUCUUGUCAUUCAGUGUAUCAUUUGUCUUACUUUUGAUUUGUUUUAGAUUUCUUAUGUAGACUGUGUUCUCAUGUAAAAUAACAUGAGUCAGAAAAUGAUUCUGCUUCACAGUGGAAAUGGUUGUUGUCAUUUCAGUUGAUUUUUAUAAUGUUUGAAUUAUAUGUGUAUGCUUUCAAAUAGUGUGUAAUUUAUAUUUCUCUAGUUUUGUUAAAGCAUUAUUAUGUAUGUUUGUAUGUCUGUUUAUUGGCUGUUGUUUAUCAUUUAACAGUGUCUAUUAUUUGUAUAUUUUUGUUGUGUACAGUUUCUUACUACAAGUAUGUAAAAAGACUGUAGUUAUGAAUUAUUACGAAUUAAAAAAUCAAUCUGUG